UUGGGCAUCAAUCAACUCCGCGCCGCUAGCCUUCAGCGUGAGGCUUCACAACCGACCGAGGGGAAGCGGUGUUGUUGUUGUUGUUGUUGUUGGUGAAGAGGGUAAUCGGCCGGCCGUGGUCGCGUUUUGACGAUCGUCCCGUGGCCGGCGGUGGGGGAAAAGGAGGAGAGAGGGCGUCGGUUGCCAUGGGAGCGGCGACAUGUUGAGAGGCUGACAGGGAGAGAGAGAGAGAGAGAGAGAACCCCGGACCCGGGCUGAGGAGAAGCUGCUCUCAUCCGUCACCACCGUGUCCCCCCCCCCCCUCGUCCCAACACACACCCACACACACACAGAGGGAGAAGAGACGGCGACACAGCGAUGGAUGACUGCACCCUGAAGGAGUUGUCGCUCUCGGCCGGGAUCCUGGACCCUGCCUUCAACCCGUCCAUCCUCAACUACAGAGUGACACUGGGCAACGACACGGCCAACCUGACCGUCUACCCGGUGACCAGCGACAACCACGCCACGUACCAAAUCAUUGGUACAGGUGGCAGUAAAACAGUCGGUCUCCAAGAUGGUCUAAAUAAAAUUGAGAUUGAAGUUGCUGCAGAAGAUGGAACUUUGAAGCGAUAUAAAAUAGAGGCAACCAAGCUCAGUGCAAACACCCCAGUACUAAGUGGACUGAAAAUAGCUGAAAACUUGACACUUGAUCCUCCAUUUUCUAUCAGUGAAUAUAAAUAUACAUGUAUGUGGGUGGUUUCUUUGAUGAAUCCUGGAAGUAAAUUAAGUUUUCUCCAUUGCAGGUUGGUCAAUGACCUUGCACUAGCAAGGCUGGAGACAAAGAACGAAAAUGUUUCACAGCAAUCUACAAACUUAACAUCAAACUUAAAAUUAAAAUUAAGUUAUCUACCUCGAUUCCCUCACUUUCUGAUCAACUGCCCUGCCAGAAAAUCUAAUUGUUUUCUGUCUUGCAGAUUAACCCUUGUUUUUCAGUGAUUAGACAGUGCUUUCAGUGUGGAGAAAGUGAGGACUGCAGAGGC